AUGUCACAGGACAAGCCGCAGAUCCCCAACAGCGUGCAGGAAAAGGAACCGUUCACCACGCCCAUGACCCCGCCGCAGCUUGCGGCCGAGGUGACCAAGAUUUCCAAGAUGAUUGCGGACGGUCAAGAAAGAUGCACGAAAUGGACCGCUUCCAAAAAAGCGACACCCGACGCCAAGAUCACCGCCGAGGAAUGGUAUUUACAGUGGCUUGAGCAUCGGGCCCUGAUAAAUAACCACUACGACUUGCUCAUGGCAUGCCAAGACCCAGCUGGGCAGAACACCCUCACAUAUAUCCCCGUCGAGAGGGACAUGCCAGCCAAGCUGUGGCAGUUUGGCAUCUACCAAUACCUCGAGCUACUGCGGACUCGCCUGCCCGACGCGUACGAACCGCUGGUGUGCUUCCUGUACACGGCAUACGGCCUGUUGGGCUUGCUCCGAGAGACCAACCCGCUGUUCCAGGACACCUGGACAGAGUGUCUCGGUGAUUUGGCUCGCUAUUGCUAUGCGGUUGAGAACAAUGAGGAGGUCCGCGAGCAUUGGGAGGGGGUAUCAAGGACGUGGUACAUGUACACCUCGGACAGGCUGCCGCACGUCGGCAGGCUAUACCAUCACUUUGCCGUCCUCAACCGGGGCUUCGUGGUGCCGCAGCUCUGCUACUGGGCCAAGUCGCUGUGCGUGCCGCUGCCCUUUGACGGCACACGCGCGAGCAUCCGCAAGGUGUACGAUCCCUUGUUCGCGCAGGCCACGUCGGAGUGGUUUCAGCGCGAUAUACAGUCAGUGACCACCACGGGCGGCGCAGAGCAGCAGGCUACCGGCGACGACGGCGGCGACGCGGACGGGCGGGGUGCAGCUUCCUCCUCCUCCUCGGCCAACGCGAUCCAUAAACAUCGCAUGGUUGAUAUGACGUUUGCGCUAAUCCUUGGCAUUCUGUUCACGGGGGAGCAUAAAGAUCAGCUCGACGAGGCCCAGGCGUAUUACCUGCGCAGCCUCGACACCCACAUUGCCAUGAUGUCCAAGCGUUGGUACCAAACAGGCAUCGCCAUCACUUGCAACCUGCUUGGGUACUGGCAUGAGAAUGGCAACAAGUUUAGGUCGCUCGUCAUGCCCGACUAUCUCAAGAAACCCACUGAUCCGGCGGUGGAGGACAACGAGGCCACACGCGCCGAGUUCAAUGUGUCCCUGAAAUUCCUGACCCAAGUCUACGAGAUCGCUAUCCGACGCACGGGGGACACGAACAUAUUACCCUUUGCACACACGAUCCUGACCUUUUUACUACACGUGUCCAAGUGCCUAGACGCCAUGGAGCGUAUAGCAGAACGUUUCCCGUGGGACCUCACUGCCGACAUGCUCAACUACUGGCUCUUUACGGCCCGGAAGAACAAGAGCAACCCGCAGUUUCGGUUUGAUACGUUCCCGGGCUCGAACAGCGAGCAGCCCAUACGACCGUUCCCAGAGGACUAUACCAUGCGCGGACUGUGGUACACGGACGACUACUUCCCGCCCAACUGGUUCCGGAACAGCAAGGUGGAGUUUGAGGAGCGCUACUUUGAGCGUCGGUCCCUCGUUGACCUGCGCGUGGAACGCAUCCUGUGGAUUGCGACGCAGCUGAGCAAGGCGGGCGAUUGGUUGGUGCUUGAUGCAUCUUUGGAGAAAUUCGGCGCUGCAGAACGAUUUGUAUUGAAUGCCAGUGCGUAG